CAACAAACAGUUUUUCCCUUACUAGAUACGGAGUACUACGUAAGUUUCAUUCCCGUGAAAAAACAAUUUUGGGCUCUGAGAUCCAUCAUUCAUUUCCACUGGACCGGAGAAGCUGUGCUAAAAUAUCCUACUGAGUAUACGGUUAAGCUCGCUGAGCUGAGAACUGUGAAAACCGUGGAAUGGCGGAUUACCACUUUGUAUACAAGGAUUUGGAGGGAUCCUCAACGCAAUGGGACGAUAUACAGAGGAAACUUGGAAAUCUCCCGCCAAAACCGCCGCCGUUCAAGCCACCAGGUUUCACGCCUGCCGAGGAUGAUGACUCUAAGCCCAAAGACAAGGCCUGGAUCGACAAGAAAACAGAGGAAGAGCUUGAAGAUCUCGAAGAAGAUGAUCUCGACGAAGAUCGAUUUCUCGAAGAAUAUAGGAAGAAGAGGUUAACUGAGAUAAGAGAAGCAGCUAAGGUAGCAAAGUUUGGAUCAGUUAUUCCAAUUUCAGGAUCUGACUUUGUUCGUGAAGUCUCUCAAGCUCCGCAAGACAUUUGGGUUGUGGUGAUGCUCUAUAAAGAUGGAUAUCCAGAGUGCAGGAUGCUUUUGCAAUGUCUGGAAGAUUUGGCUAAAAGAUACCCUGCAACAAAGUUUGUGAAGAUUAUAUCUACAGAGUGCAUUCCAAACUAUCCAGACCGUAAUCUGCCAACUAUUCUGGUUUACAAUAAUACUGCUGUUAAGGCAACUCAUGUGGGAACACAUAGCUUUGGUCGGAGAUGCACUCCUGAAAGUGUGGCCUUAGUUCUAUGCCAGUCAGAUCCUGUGCUGAAUGAUGGUCAUGGCGGGGAACAAUCAAGAGAAACUGUUCUGGAUGGAAUCAGGAAGAAGUUUCUUGAGAGGGCCAUAAAAGAGCGUGAAGAUGAUGAUGAUGGAUCUUUAAGUGAUUGAUGUUUCCAUGGUGGUGAUAUUUCAUUUCCCAUCCUCCUCUUUUUUUGAGGAAUGUCUGAUCACCUGAGCUUGAUGUUAACUGUACAUUAUACUUCUGAAUAUUUUUGUGGUUCAAGGCUUUUAAUUUUUUAGUGUUACUCCAUCGUUUUUCUUUUACUCACUUCUGUAAUAAUUUUUAUACAUCUAAAUUAAGAGUAAUGCUUGUUGGUGAUGCUGGAUGGUGAGACAGGUGAGUGAUACUAAGGUUUUUUUCCACAUUAAGUCGUGUCUGGUUUAAGACAUGAAGUAUUUAUGUAUUUUGGAUAAAGUGACUUUAGAAUAACAAACUGUUUACAUUAUAUGCUGAAUAGGUAGUCUGAAAUCUGAAUUGUGUUAAAUAAUCAUUUUACAAUUUAUUCAAAUUAAGUAUUGAACAUG